UCAUUGUUUUUAGUGAUGACAGCGGGACUGAAGUCAAGAGACAUUGUGGUUAGCAAUAACAGUGGGACUGAAGAAAAGAAUUAAAACGGAAAUAUCUCAGGGCAAGAAAGCUGAAGAUGGCUAUUUUAAGUGUUUUCUUACUUCUGCAACUGGCAUUCAUAUGGCAAUCUACAGCACAGACACAGAACACGUGCACUAAGGGAGAGACCGGUAUUCCAGGAACUCCAGGACAUCCAGGAUACAAUGGAGUCCCUGGCCGAGAUGGAAGAGAUGGACACCCUGGAGCAGAUGGGAAACCUGGUCCUAAAGGAGAUAAAGGAGAAAUGGGAAUUAAAGGAGAGCCAGGGUUACCAGGCCCACCAUCUGUCUCUGUCUCUAGCCCUUCAGAUGCAAUGGAAAUGAAAAAAACCCAACAUUCAGCAUUCACAGUGCGAGCCAACUUCCAGGGUACUCCACCUGUGAAUUCACCAAUCCGCUUUGGCUAUGAAGUCUACAAUCCAGAUAAACAUUACAACCCUUAUACAGGCAUUUUUGUCUGCCGAGUUCCGGGAGUAUAUUACUUCACCUACCACAUUCUUGUGAGUGGAAAAGGAGUGACAUCCUAUCUAUACCAUAAUAACCGAGUGAUAAUGACAACUCGAGAUACAUACUCCUCACCAGAUGUGGAUACAGCCUGUGGUGGGACAAUUAUUCAUCUACUUCUGGGGGAUACUGUAUGGCUACAAGUCAACAGAGAAGAGGAAGAUGGAGUCUUCAAUGGAAGUACCUUUACCGGAUUCUUACUGUAUCCAGAUUAGAAAAAAAUCCACAAUUUCAUAAAUGCAAAUACUAAAAUAUAGCUAAUGAUCAAAAAUAAUUAGUUUUUGCUUAUCUGUUUGCUUUGGUUGAUUUCCCUGCACCAUCUCCAACAAUAUUCAUUUUUACGCUUCAGUUUUAUAGCAAAACUUCAUCUCUAAAUGUCCUCUGAAGAGGAAACAGACAAUACUUUGCCAUAAAAUACAAUUUAUUUUAAAAAGCAUAAAUGUCUGGUCCAGGGUGGAAUAAGAAUCACAAACAUACCAACAGCAGUUAUACCUUCUACACCAGCAUAUCUAAGAAUAAAGAAAACACACAUCAUCUAAAUUUAAUUAGAAAGCGUCAGUACGAUUUAAUGGCAAAAGCAGAAAUCAAGCAUUCAGAAAAGAAUAAGAAGAACACAAGUAUCUGCCGUACAGACAUCCUAUGACUAAAUAAUAAUUACACUUUUUCACUUUGGCUGUUUGCAUUUUUGUGAUAUAUAUAUAUAUACAUUGUGUGUGUGUGUGUGUGUGUGUGUGUGUGUGUGUGUGCAUACAUGCAU